CCUGUACCACAAUCCCUUUACAGGACGUCCACAUACACUACGUUACACACACUGCUCUGUAACGACAUUUCACAGGAGGGUUUUCAGAGGUUUUAUUUGUGAUUUGAUUCUCAUCUUGCAGCAAAUAUGACAAUAAGAACAGCACGACCGAAUCGGGGACAACACUUCAGACCCCGCAUGCACUGCCUCAAAAAGGUGGAGGCAAUCGUGGUGGAGAUGCAGGACUCAAAAAGUGGCAUUAAAGGCUCAGACCAGAAACUCAACGUCACCACCAUCCCCUAUGUCAUCACUGGUAAAGAUGUCAUUGCAUGGAUUGCCAACAAGAUGAAAACCACUGUAGAAGAGGCCCAGGUCUUUGGUAACAUGCUGGUGGCCUAUGGGUACAUUUACCCACUGCAGAACCACAAGAAGCUGGUCAUGUGCAACGACAACACUCUCUAUCGCUUCCAGACUCCAUACUUCUGGCCAACACAGAAAUGGGUUGCAGAGGACUCCGACUAUGCAAUUUACCUGGCAAAGAGGAACAUCCGCAAGAAAGGCAUGCUGGAACCAUAUGAACAGGCACAUUACAAUCACCUCCAUAAAUGGCUCAACCACAAGUGGGACUUCAUUGUGAUGCAGGCCACCGAGCAGUACAAGGCUGGAAAAGAGAGGAAGAAACCUGAUCGUGUGGUGUUUGAUUGCCAGGAGAGGGCUUACUGGAUGAUCAAUAGACCACCGCGUCGUACCCACAGCGCUAUGGACUGUGGUCCAGACCGUCUCAUUGAUCCAAGUGUAGAGGAGAAAAUAACUUUUGAUCAGUACAGGCGCAUGAAUAUAUUCUAUCAACAAGCCAUCAUGAGGUCAAAGGUCAAAUCCAGUGUGUCGCUUGGAGCGUUGGUCAAAUAUGUCACAACCUACAAAAACCACGACGCCUUCCUGGCACCCUGUCUUCCCAGCAACCCCUGGCAAACAGACAGCGACGCAUACUGGAAUCUGAACAUGAGGAGAGUUGACGUCCCCACUAAGAUGCGAGUGGAGCGCUGGUCUUUCAGCUUGUUUGAGCUGCUCACUGACCUGCGAGGCAGAGAUGAUUUCAAGAUCUUCCUCAAGAAGGAGUUCAGUGGGGAGAACUUGGCUUUCUGGGAAGCAGCUGAGGAACUGAAGUGGGGUACUGCAUCUUCCAUGAAAACAAAAGCUGAGACCAUCUUUAAGACCUUUCUAGCACCUGGUGCCCCUCGCUGGAUCAACAUUGAUGGCAGGACCAUGGGUCUGACAGUGAAAGGCCUGGAGCAUCCACACCGUUAUGUUCUGGAAGCAGCUCAGACACACGUCUUCCUGCUCAUGAAAAAGGAUACUUUCUUUCGUUACCUCAAGUCUCCAGUGUACAAGGACAUUCAGAAGAAGGCACUGAAUCCUGAGCCUCAUAACUUCAGUCCAGCUCAGUUGGAGCAAAACGCUCAGAGUCGAGGCCCUGGCAUCCACCCUAUCAUUCUGUGGCAGCAGGAAGAGGAGGAAAAGGCCAAGGCUGCAGCUGCCUCAGCUCCAGUUGAUGUCAAGGCCAUGAUGAGCAAAAUAGACAGGAAGAAGUAGAGACCGUUAAAUAUUCAGCCCAUACACUGUGUAUGAAGACAGACGCUGUGAUAACCCUCAGAAAGUGAAGCCAGAACAUGUCCGUCUUCCCCCGGUACCUGAGCGCAGAUGUCUCGAUACUCAGCCAAACCAAAACUCCAAAUACAGAGACGGUCUUUUUGAUCAGUUCACUGUUAACAAAUUGUGACUGACAGCUGUAAUGACCAAUUGCAGUCCUGAAAGCAGAUGGGACGCAGUAAUGGCAUCACGACAUCCAUCUUUAUGCACAGUCUGUGGUUGAACCAGUUACCAAGGCCAACUACUGAAACCAGGCUUCUGUUAGGGUUAGCUUUACUCUGCUUUACUAAUACAUGUUUGUACUUAGAACAUUAUGACAGAAGAGGUUCAGAAGAUCUCAUCAAAAUCUGUACAAUAAUUUUGAACUUUAUCUCGCACUAAACCUAUAUCCUUCAACUGCUCUGGUUUUUGUUCUUCAGAAUGUUUUGUCUGUCUUUCAAGAGUCUGACCUGAUGAAGACCCACAGAUGAAAGAUUAAACAUUUUCAAGAACAGGAACAGUCCAGUUGAACUUCAAAAACGACUAAGGAUGAAUGAUGACUGGACAAAGGAGAACCUACACACACACUAAAUAUAUACUUUUUUCCAAACCAUAAUAGGGUACUGAAGCCAAGCUACUUGAACUGUAUGAUCAAACUGUUUUUAGCUGAAAUCAUUUAAAAGAUGGAAAGGUAAUAUAGCGGUAUUUGUAAUGAAUAUGACUGAAAAUAAGUAAUACUGUCAUACUGAAAUGGUAUGUCACUGUUUAUGUACAUUUAUCUACAACUAGAAUCAUCAGUUGGAUGUAUUGGUGUCCAUGUUUCAACAGAUAUCAGUUUAAUUUUUACCAAACUAUCUCAACAUCAGUGGAAUUCAUAAGUGUGUCAUUUAUGCAUAAAUGGUAAAGAAAGUCCAUUUGUACUGUCUGUUAAUGAAUAAAUUCAAGGAGAAAGCA